AGCUUCCCUUUUGUGAUUAAAAAGGAUGGCAAUUUGGAACCUCCUAUGGCUUUACAUAUUAAUUCUUUAUGUUAACAAUGGCAGAAUGGAAGCGUCUCACAAGGUUUAUCCACAAUUUCAGUCUUUAAGUGCAGUUAACAUCCGCCAACUCCAUCAUACUGCCUUUCACUUUCAGCCUCCCAAAAAUUGGAUCAAUGAUCCAAACGGUCCUAUGUACUAUAAUGGAAUAUACCAUAUUUUCUAUCAAUACAAUCCCAAAGGUGCUGUGUGGGGUAACAUUGUUUGGGGCCAUUCAAUUUCAAAGGAUUUGAUCAAUUGGAAAGAACUUGAGCCUGCAAUUUGUCCUUCAAAACAUUUUGAUAUCGAUGGUGCUUGGUCUGGUUCAACCACCAUUCUUCCUAGCAAUAAGCCAAUAAUUUUAUAUACCGGAGUUGAUUCCAAUGGCAUCCAAACCCAAAACUAUGCAGUGCCAGCAAAUUUAUCUGAUCCAUAUUUGCGUAAAUGGAUCAAACCAGGAAACAAUCCACUGAUUGAUCCUGAAAAUGGUGUCAACGCCACUGCUUUCCGUGACCCCUCCACCGCCUGGUGGCUAAAUGGGCGGUGGAGAGUCUUAGUUGGAAGCGAAAGGAACAGUAGAGGGAUUGCUUAUCUGUAUAGAAGUAGAGAUUUCAUUCACUGGACUAAGGCUAAACACCCUUUCCAUUCAGCGCCCAAUACAGGCAUGUGGGAAUGUCCUGAUUUCUAUCCUGUUUCAUUAUCUAGUAAAGAGGGUUUGGAUCCAUCUUACAUGGGAAAACAUGUUAAGCAUGUUCUAAAAGUGAGCUUGGAUGAUGCGAGAUACGAUUACUACACACUUGGAACAUAUUUAACUAAUGACGAUAAAUAUGUACCUGAUAAUGCGUCAGUUGAUGGUUGGGCUGGCCUUAGAUAUGACUAUGGAAAUUUCUAUGCUUCAAAAACAUUCUUUGAUCCUGCAAAAAGGAGGAGGAUUUUGUGGGGUUGGGUUAAUGAAUCUGAUUUUACUCAAGAUGAUGUUAAAAAGGGAUGGGCUGGAAUACAGGCAAUUCCUAGAAUAGUAUGGCUUGACACUAAUCAAAGGCAAUUGAAGCAAUGGCCAGUGGAAGAGUUGAAUACUCUAAGAGGGGAAAUUGUCAAAAUGAGCCAUCAAAAGCUUAAAAAAGGCCACCAUAUUGAAAUACAAGGAAUAACAGCUGCCCAGGCGGAUAUUGAUGUUACCUUCUAUAUUCCAAGUUUAGAUAAAACUGAGGAAUUUAAUCCUAGCUGGGAAGAUGCCCAACGUCUCUGUGCCAACAAAGGAUCAAAGGUUGAAGGUGGAGUUGGUCCAUUCGGACUCUUAACCUUAGCUUCAAAAAACCUUGAAGAAUAUACUGCUGUCUUCUUCAGGGUUUUCAAAACAUCAAAAAAACAUGUGGUUUUGUUGUGCUCUGAUGCAAGGAGUUCCUCAUUGGAAGAUGGAAUAUAUAAACCAUCAUUUGCUGGCUUCGUUGAUGUUGACUUGGCUGAUAAGAAGCUCUCUCUUAGGAGUCUGAUUGAUCAUUCAGUUGUGGAAAGUUUUGGAGGUGGAGGAAAAACAUGCAUCACAUCCAGGGUUUAUCCUACAUUAGCAGUGCUUGACAAUGCUCACUUGUAUGCAUUCAACAAUGGUGACGAGACUAUCAUUGUCAAGAACCUUAACGCCUGGAGCAUGAAUAAGGCGAAGAUGAAUUGAAAGGGAUGGGUAGUGGUGUCUAUCUAGUUGUAACAUUGACAUUUCUCAUCUGAAAGUCUCUUGAAUAAUUACUGUGUUUUAGGUUAUAGAAUUUAGAUAGUUCUUGUAAUAUAUGAUAAAAAAAGUGCAACUAAGUCUAUUAUAAAACCGACUAAUUUAAUUUAA